AUGAAGGGCAGCACUGCUUCUGAGCAGCAGCAGCCAGUUGCUGUCACAAGCAGCUGCUGCAGCGCCACUUACUGCAGCAGCUGCUGCUACCUCGGCCCGGAUCAUGCUGCCCGCCCUUCGGUUCGUCUUUUUGGCAGCAGCAGCAAGAACAGCAGCAGCAGCAGCAGCGAGAGCAGCAGCAGCAUCAGCAAUGGGAAAAGCAGCAGCAAACAUGACGAAGGCUCUGACUUUCAAUGCAGCAAAUGCAUGCAGCACAGCAGCAGCUGCUCCAGCGGCCCAGCCGAAGCCCCAAGCCAGCCAGAAGCAGCAGCAGCAACAGCAGCAGCAGCAGCAGCACGCAGCAGCAGCAGCAGCAGUAGCUCUUUCCCCCCCCUGAGCUCCUACAGCGGGAGCCCCUUCUCUGCCCGCCACUGCUGGUUCUUGCGAAUUAAUUUGCUGCUCAGGUUUAUCUUUGGAGGGCUAAUUGGUUAUCCUGCUGCUGCCAGUUUGCUGCUGCUGCCGCAGCAGCUGCUGCGGCUCUUCACCCUUGGCGGCUGCGGUUUGCUGCUGCUGUACGACGCAGCAAGGGGCGUGAGGUGGACGUACACCCGGCUGCUGCAGCAGCAGCGGGAGCAGUGGGUGGGGAAGAUGCUCCUUUUGCUGCAGCGCACGCAGCAGCAGCAGCAGCAGCAAGAGGCAGCAAAAGUAGUUCAGAAAGAGAGGCAGCGGCUGCACCAACUUGUUGCGGCUAUGCGCCGCUGCGUUGCUGCUGCUGCUGCUGCACGUCCUGCAGCCGCAGGGCCGGAAAGGGCAGCAGCAGCAGCAGCAGCGGCAGCAGCAGAGGUGCCUGUCCCUCAUGAAGCAGAGGCAGCAGCACAAGUGGCACUAGCAGGAGACCUGCAGUUUGCUGCUGCUCUUUUUGGGGCUCCUGCUGCUGCUGUUGCAGAUGCUGCUGCUGCUGCGCGGCUGCUGCACGCGCGCAGCUACAGGCGGUGCAAGAAGCAGCAGCAGCGGCAGCAGCAGCAAACCUGCUGGGCAGCCGCAGCAGCAGCAACAGGUGCUGCUUCUUCUGCUGCUUUGUCUUGGAGCUGGUCAGUUAUAAAGAGAAUAAUUUCUUUUGCUUGCUGCGUGCUGCUGCUGCACCUUUUCAUUGACAUUCCUGCUGUUGCAUCUGCUGCAGCAGCAACAGCAGCAGACAUCCCACUCUCUCCUUGGUGGCUGCUGCUGCUGCAUGCAGCAGCAAGAGGCUGUUUUGCUGCUGCACUGGUGAACCUCCACGUCAGCAGCUACAUGGGGCUUCCUCUUGCCCGCUCCCCUCCGUGCAACUGCAGCAGAAGCAGCAGCAGCAGCAGCGGCAGCAGCAGCAGCAGCUGCAGCAGCAAGAAGUCCCGCUGCGUGUUUGGCUCAAUUUCUGCGCCUUCAUACGUUUAUUUGCGACUCUCCUUUGCCUUCUGCAUUCCUAUUGUGUGUUCAAUUGUUGCUAACGCUGCUGCUGCUGCUGCUGCUGCUGCUGCGGUACCAACAGCAGGCAUGGCAGCAGGGCUGCAGUGGAAAUGGGCUGACAUGCUGCUGUUCCCUCUCGCUUUGCUGCAGCUGCUGCUCCAGCAGGUGCUUCCUGCGGAGGCGUUGCUGCUGCUGCCACUGCAGCAGCAACGGUCGCGCGCCGCAGAGGUGCUGCUGCUGCUGCUGCAGCAGCAGCAGUUUUCGUGGUCUCAGCUGGUCGAGGUCGAGGCGCUGGAGGAGUUAUUUGCUGCUGGCACUUUGUUGACAGCAGCAGCAGCAGCAGCAGCACGCUGCAGCAAGCCUUCUGGCUUGUGGAUUUUAUUGAAGCGUCUGGAGGCAGCAGCAGCAGUCGCAGCAGCAACAAAGCUGCUGGGCGCGCGCGAGCAGCAGCAGCAGCAGCAGCACCUGUGCGAACGCAUGCGCAGCAGCUGCUGCUGGCACUUCAACUCCUUGCUGCUGCUUCUUUCUCGCCUUCCUCAGGCACUUGUAAAAAUGAUUUGCAAAUUGUUUAUAUUUGUUUUGGGGCUGAGUUGGCUGCUGCUGCUGCUGCAUGCGUUUGUGAACGUGCCGCUGCUGCAGCAGGAGGGGCAGCUGGAGCGGCAGAGUGUGCUGCAGCUGCUGCAGCAGCAGCUGCAGCAGCCGCAGCAGCAAGAGGCGCUGCAGGCGUUGCAGCAGGCGUGGCAAGAGCUGCAGCAGCUGCCGCUGCAGUUCUCUGCAGCACUAAAGGGCAAGAGCUACACAGAGAAGGCGCAGUGGCUGCUGCAGCAGCUGCAGCAAAGCUGGGAAGACUACACUUUGCUGCUGCAGCAGCAAACUGACGAGCGGCAGCGCGCUCUGCUGCUCUUCGGACUCAAUGAAAAUGCAACAGCAGCAGAAAUCCGACAAAGGUAUAGGCAGCUAGCGAAGCAGCACCACCCAGACAGAGCCGCCCUCCACACCAGCAGCAGCAGCAGCAGCAGCAGCGGCAGCAGCAGCAGCAGCAGCAGCGAAGGAAACCCAGCGUGUAUAGGGGAGGCAGGGGCAGCAGCAAAAGAGAAUAAGUGCCUCAACGGGCAAGAGAUGAUGCAGCAAAUAAAUGCAGCUUACGAGCUGCUGCUGCAGCAGGCGGCAAGAAGAUAA